CCCGCCCUGCGCCCCUAGCUGCAGCCCAGCCACGCAGGGAGGAAGGCAGCGGGCAUCCAUCUCCCCCGCGCCGAGAGCGCGCUGCGGCGACCACUGCACAACGGAGCGCAAAUUUCCCCUCCACCCCUCCUCCUGGGGGCUGGUCUAUCUGCCUGGCUCUGGGAGCAGCUGACCUUACCCUCAGAAGCUUUGUGUCGCUUUCUACAUUUUCUCGCUGAGAUGGGGACGGGAGCCCGGUCCCCCCACCCUCUUUUCCCUCCUCCCGGGGCUCGCCGCUGAGCGCCCACCCCUCCCUCUCUUCCUCGUUCCCUCUCUCCCGCCCUCCUUUCCUCCUCUGCCUCCUCCGCAGCCGGACCAGCUCCCUCCUACAUCUGGCGCCUAGAGACCCUUGGGAUCCCGCACACACUCACUGUCCUGGACCAGCUCCCGACAGAAACCUCCCUGAGGGGCUUGGGUCGCCAGAGCCGCUGUCCUCUGUCCCCUCCAACCCCCCACCCCCCGACGGCUGGGGGGAGAGGGGAGGAGGUCGCGCGCCCCCUCCCCGGCGCCAACUCCCCCUGGCGGUCGCUCCCAUGGGUGUCGCUGGGCCCGCGCCAUGCCUAAGGGGGCGCCGCGAUGGGCCAUGGGGACGAGAGCGAGCUCAUCGUGAUCAAUGUGGGCGGUACGCGCCACCAGACGUACCGCUCGAUGCUGCGCACGCUGCCCGACACGCAGCUCGCCUGGCUGGCGGAGCCCGACGCCCACAGCCAUUUCGACUAUGACCCGCGUGCCGACGUUUUUUUCGACCGCCACCCAGGCGUCUUCGCGCACAUUCUGAACUACUACCGCACCGGCAAGCUGCACUGCCCGGCCGACGUGUGCGGGCCGCUCUACGAAGAGGAGCUGGCCUUUUGGGGCAUCGACGAGACCGACGUGGAGCCCUGCUGCUGGAUGACCUACCGCCAGCACCGGGACGCGGAGGAGGCGCUGGACAGCUUUGGCGGCGCGCCCCUGGACAACAGCGCGGACGACGCGGACGCCGACGGCCCUGGAGAUUCGGGCGACGGAGAGGACGAGCUGGAGAUGACCAAGCGCCUGGCGCUCAGCGACUCCCCGGACGGACGGCCCGGCGGCUUCUGGCGCCGCUGGCAGCCACGCAUCUGGGCGCUCUUUGAGGACCCCUACUCAUCUCGCUAUGCCAGGUAUGUGGCCUUGGCCUCCCUCUUCUUCAUCCUGGUCUCCAUCACCACCUUCUGCCUAGAGACCCACGAGCGCUUCAACCCCAUUGUGAACAAGACGGAGAUCGAGAAUGUUCGGAAUGGCACGCAAGUGCGCUACUACCGGGAAGCAGAGACGGAGGCCUUCCUCACCUACAUCGAGGGCGUCUGCGUGGUCUGGUUCACCUUCGAGUUCCUCAUGCGUGUCGUCUUCUGCCCCAACAAGGUAGAGUUCAUCAAGAACUCGCUCAACAUCAUUGACUUUGUGGCCAUCCUCCCCUUCUACCUGGAGGUGGGCCUCAGCGGCCUGUCCUCUAAGGCUGCCAAGGACGUCCUGGGCUUCCUGCGCGUCGUCCGCUUCGUGCGGAUCCUGCGCAUCUUCAAGCUGACCCGGCAUUUUGUGGGCCUGCGGGUCCUGGGCCACACGCUCCGCGCCAGCACCAACGAGUUCCUACUGCUGAUCAUCUUCCUGGCCCUGGGUGUCCUGAUCUUCGCCACCAUGAUCUACUACGCUGAGAGGAUAGGGGCCCGGCCCAAUGACCCCAGUGCCAGUGAGCACACCCACUUUAAGAACAUCCCCAUUGGCUUCUGGUGGGCCGUGGUCACCAUGACAACACUGGGCUACGGAGACAUGUACCCGCAGACAUGGUCCGGGAUGUUGGUGGGAGCACUGUGUGCACUGGCGGGCGUGCUGACCAUCGCCAUGCCCGUGCCCGUCAUCGUGAACAAUUUCGGGAUGUACUACUCCUUAGCCAUGGCUAAGCAGAAACUACCAAAGAAAAAAAAGAAGCAUAUUCCACGGCCGCCGCAGCUGGGAUCUCCCAAUUAUUGUAAAUCUGUCGUAAACUCUCCACACCACAGUACUCAGAGUGACACAUGCCCGCUGGCCCAGGAAGAAAUUUUAGAAAUUAACAGAGCAGAUUCCAAACUGAAUGGGGAGGUGGCGAAGGCCGCGCUGGCGAACGAAGACUGCCCCCACAUAGACCAGGCCCUCACUCCCGAUGAGGGCCUGCCCUUUACGCGCUCGGGCACCCGCGAGAGAUACGGACCCUGCUUCCUCUUAUCAACUGGGGAGUACACGUGCCCACCUGGUGGAGGAAUGAGAAAGGAUCUUUGCAAAGAAAGCCCUGUCAUUGCUAAGUAUAUGCCGACAGAGGCUGUGAGAGUGACUUGACCAGGCGGCUUGGCCCAGGACACUGGUGGCUAUUAAGCAUCUGGGUGGACCUGCAGCCCCUCCUCACCCUCGGACAGAGUAAAUUCACGCCAUGCAGGUUUGCCGGACGAGUCCGAGUGGCCCAGGCAUUGUACUAGGACGGACGUAGCUUUUUCUACGGCCAAAUGGUAA